GGGAGUCGGUGCAAUCGGUCCCCCUCCCCCGUCCGAGCGCAUCGCGUUCCUGCCGAGCUCGUGGACAUCCCAAAGACCCCUCCCCGAAGCGGGCCAGACCCCAGGCGCCGAAGCCUUCUGGGGCGCGGGGCCCUCGCGGGUCGCGGCCGCCCUCGGGGCGGGGCAGCCCCUGGCCGUGCCGCUGGCGGCGGCGGCGCUGGGCGAUCUCCAAGCGGCGAUCUCCAAGCGCUGCCCGGCUCGGCGGCGGGCCAGGAGGGGAGGGUCCGGCCUUGCCCGGCCUCCGCGCCAUGCCGCGGGCCGUGUGAGCCGCCGCGGGCUCUGAAGCCCGCAGGUGCCCGCGGGCGCGCCAGGCCCGGCUGGGGAGGGGGUCGCUGCACUCGCCAUGCUGCGAGGGCCGCGGGCCCUUGCUCCUGCCGCCGGGCCGCCCCCCAAGGGGCUGACCGCGAUGAGCCCCACGGAGCUGUGGCCGCCUGGCCUCAGCAGCCCCCAGCUCUGCCCGGCCACCACCACCUACUACACCCAGCUGUACCCGCAGACUGUGCCUCCCGCUGCGGUGCCCGGCACCUGCCUCGAUGCCACCCCCCACGGACCGGAGGGCCAAGCUGUGCGAUGCGUGCCGGCUGGCCGGCUGCCGGCCAAAAGGAAGCUGGACCUGGAGGGGAUCGGGAGGCCUGCGGUCCCUGAAUUCCGGACUCCCAAGGGGAAGUGCAUUAGAGUGGAUGGCCUCCCCAGCCCCAAAACCCCCAAGUCACCUGGGGAGAAGACUCGCUAUGACACGUCGCUGGGGCUGCUCACCAAGAAAUUCAUUUAUCUCCUGAGCGAGUCUGAGGAUGGGGUCCUGGACCUGAACUGGGCUGCUGAGGUGCUGGACGUGCAGAAGCGUCGCAUCUAUGACAUCACCAAUGUGCUGGAGGGCAUCCAGCUCAUCCGCAAGAAGGCCAAGAACAACAUCCAGUGGGUAGGCAGGGGACUGUUUGAAGACCCUACCCGGCCUGGGAAGCAGCAGCAGCUGGGUCAGGAGCUGAAGGAGCUGAUGAGCAUGGAGCAGGCCUUGGACCAACUCAUCCAGAGCUGCUCUCUGAACUUCAAGCAUCUGACAGAGGACAAGGCCAACAAGAGACUGGCCUACGUGACUUACCAGGACAUCCGUGCUGUGGGCAACUUUAAGGAGCAGACGGUGAUCGCUGUCAAGGCCCCUCCGCAGACGAGACUGGAAGUGCCUGAGAGGAGCGAGGAGAACCUGCAGAUAUAUCUGAAGAGCACACAGGGGCCCAUCGAAGUCUACCUGUGCCCAGAAGAGGUGCAGGAGCCCGACAGUCCUACCACGGAGCCCCUCCCCUCCACCUCCACCCUCAGCCCCAGCCCUGACUCCACCCAGCCCAGCAGCAGCACCAACCCUGGGAUCACGGAACCCACGGGAUCCUCAGAGCCAGCGCUGAUGUCCCAGCAGGUCCUGCUGCCGCCUCCACCAUCUCUUGUCCCCCUGGAGGCCACCGACAGCAUGCUGGACCUGGCACACCCACUCCUGCAGCAGACGGAGGACCAGUUUCUGUCCCCGACACUGCCAUGCAGCUCCCCUCUGAUCAGCUUCUCGCCGCCCUUGGACCAGGAUGACUACCUGUGGGGCCUGGAUGGCGGGGAGGGCAUCAGCGACCUCUUCGACACCUAUGACCUCGGGGACCUGCUGAUUAACUGAAUGGCUCUGCCUGCCCCCAGCAGCCCUGCCCGACUCUGCCUCCUCACAGGCAGACUGACAGGCCCUCUGCCUGCACAGGACGUGGGACACGAGAUGCUGCGCUCAGGGUAUGGAGGUCUCCCCAUUUCCUUUCCUACCCAUCUGCCCACCGACACUGUCCCGGGUAAUGUGGAGGAUAUGGGAGAAGAGCCUAUCAGGGGUUGGGUCCUGUCCUUCCUCAUGGAAACUGGGAAGGCCCAGCCAGUCUUCUGACCUCUGACCUCUCACGUGAAGGGCCACAGGGGAGUAACCAGGUCCAAGGAGAGGCCCUGUAACUGCCUUUGGGGGGGCAGUUAGGACCCUCAGUUUAUCAAGAAGCACUUAAUGCCUUUGUAUUUAUUUCAGGUUGUUUUGUUUGUUUGCCUUCCCUGAGUUUUAGCAGGGAGGUUGUUCUAGUUCCUAGUAAGACUUCUCCUCAGACAGGUCCAAGGACAGGCCAGGGCUUCCAGGGGCCCAGGCCAACUCCGCAACUCCCCCCAGUGGCAGGGGGCUGGGCCUGAGGGGCCGUGCAGUCUGCUGGAACGCCAGUUGCACUUCGGCCUCCUAAUUCUAGCGAGCAGCGGCUGCAGGACUCCUGGUCUCCUCUGUCCCAGAGCUGGUUCCAGGGAGUCAGCCCAGGAGAGCUCCUGGGGAAACCAGGGCAGGAGCGUGGAAGCAGCUGUCACACUGCUGUAGGCACCUUUCCUCCGUUGUUGUCUCUCGCUGGGACAGGGGCUGUUUUACACUGAGGACCUGGGAGGCAGAGGCCGCCCCACCGUAGACAAGGGUGAGAUUAAAAGAAGAAACUGCCAGAAAGCACCUCUUCCGGUCGCUGCUGGUAUGGUCCUCCCCUUCCCUGGAAGGAUUUUUUUUUUUUGCCGCAUUUGUUGAAGGGGGUGAUUCUUUAAGGACCUCCCCUUCCCCCCAGCUCUCACACAGAGCCCCAGGGACAGAAGUGACUGUGGCUUGAUGGCACAUUGGCUUCUUUUGUCACAGGAUACUGAACAGGUGACAGGGAAGCGUCUUCAGUGCAGACCAGAUGUUAGCAGCUAAUGGGGAGAUGGACUUGUGUUACCUCUUCAAGCUUGGGGUCCUAAGAAGGUCUUUUGGCUUCACCCCAUCCCCCAGAGGCUUGAUCAUCUCAUAUUGUCCCUGUAGCCCAGCUGGCUAUGGGGGGGGGGGGGUCAGCCCUCCUCCCCUACCCAAUUUGGGGUGAGGGUGCUCUGGGCUGAACCAAGGCUGUGCCUUCUGGAAAGAGGCAGCCAGGGGUGGUGGCCUAAGAGACCACCAGCCACCCUCAGGGAGCUAGGUUUCCUCAGGGGCUCAGCUGGGCAGCACUUUUUUUUUUUUAAGUUUGUAGCAUUAAGUUGGUUUCAAAUAUGAAGUUGGCUCCGUGGGACUGCUCCUGAGCUGACCAACUGGCAUCUGAAGUUUGGAACAUGGGCUUCUUUGGGUGUGGGGUCCAAUGUGAGCUAACGCCCAGCUGGGGGCAGUCAGGCCUUGUCAUUAGCUUAAUUUCCUGGGUCCCCACGUUAGUACCCUCUCAGGAACGGUCACAGAAGUCCUGCUCUAUAAACAGGGCUAAUUUUUUGUGCUUUACAGAGGUGCCUUUGGUCUCUCCUCUCCAGAUACUCACAGGGCUCUCAUCAAAAGGCAGGUUUGAAGCCCAACAUGCCUAGGGCCAAGGGACUACCUUGGCCCUCAGGUGGGGGAAGGGGGUGCUGCUUGGGGUCUGGUUUGGGGCUUGUGGGGCUGGAGAUGGCAUGGCUGUUGUGAGGUCUCUUCUGGACUGCCGUUUAGCCAUCUCUGAGGACAGAGAUGUUUGAUUUCCACGCCUUGGACUCUUUCUAGAGUUUUCUCCUAGAAUUAAAUCAGAGAAAAGGGAGAGGAGGCUGCCAGGACUCACCGGGAAUAAAUUUAAUGGUGAGCUCCAGCCAGAAUUUAAGCUCAUUCCCCAAAAGCCCAGCCAUAGGGCUGGACAGAGAGGCUGCCCCUUGGACCCAUAGCCUACAUCCAGAGCAGCUGCCCCUGCCCCCGCCUGUCCCGUCCCCUCCACACCUUGCCUGGUCCAGGGGCUGGACCACUCAGGCCAAGCCGCAGGCUCAGUGUCGGAAACAAGCUCGUGCCUCUUUCUUGCCAGUGACCUUGCCUGAAACCUCUCAAGUUCCAUCAAGUGCUUUAAGAAGCAUUUUGAGCGGAAUUCCCUUUAGGGGCCCAGUAAACUUUAAAAUCAGGGUAGAAGAAAAGCCAGUUUCUUUUUGAGGUACAUUAUUUCUGCCAGGAAAUUUCCCAGCCCCUCUGGCAGCCCCCACAUCACUCAUGUCCCCAGGGGCAUCAAAGACGCAGGGGCUCCAGGGAACCCAGUAGCAUUAAAUUGUUCAGUAGAGUUGGAGGUUCAAAGAGAUUUCCUAAAACCAGAGUAGCAUCCCUUCUCCAUAGCCAUGCUAUGGUCUGAACAGCGUGGUUACAGGGAAGAGGAGGAUAGUGGAGCGUGUUAAAACUGGCUGUAGUGUGGUUUUGACUUUAUUUCCUCUUUCCAGGUGUUCAGCCUCAGUUCUGCGCCGUGUUUAGUUUUUAGUGAAAGUUUGGGUAUCUGAGCACUUGUGUGGCUUAAAGCAUUUGAAGUGAAAGACCUUUGGGGUUGUUUGCAAGCAGCUUUCUGGUUCUCAUCACUGUGUCCUGAGGUCCCCACCUCAUCCUGGGACCCUAUCCUCCCAUGGGGACCCUCGGUGAGCAGAAGCCUGGCCAACCUGCUGGCUCCUGGGUAAGUGAUGAAGCCUUGUAUGUGGCAUAUGUGUCUAGAGGGAACCUGGUCCCUGUGCUGGGAUUCUAUAUGGGUCACUUACCUCUGGCCUGGUUUCUGGUUUUGCCCUGAGUCCCGCCUUGACGAGCACUGUGUAAACCUCCUCGUGUUGUGAAGAUUGGGCAUUAAAUGACAAACCUGG